AUGGAGAAUGUUGGUUCUUUUUUUGCUAUGGCUCCGCCAGUUUUCGACGGAGAAAAUUAUCAAGCAUGGGCAGUAAAAAUGCAGGCUUAUUUGGAGGCCUGCGAUUUGUGGGUGGCUGUUGAGGAAGACUAUGAAGUGCUUCCUUUGCCAGAGAAUCCAACCAUGGCUCAGAUUAGAGCUCACAAGGAGAGGAGAACAACAAAGCCCAAAGCUAAAUCAUGUUUCUUUGUUGCAGUUUCUACAAUCAUUUUCAGUAGUGUAAUGACAUGUAAAUCAGCCAAAGAAAUUUGGGAUUUCCUCAAGAAAGAGUACAAGGGAGAUGAAAGAAUCAGAGGAAUAAAAGUACUGAACUUGGUCAGAGAAUUCGAGAUGCAGAGAAUGAAGGAAUCCGAAACCAUUAAGGAUUAUUCUGACAGGUUGCUUCUGAUUGCAAAUAAGGUAAGGAUACUUAGAACUGAACUUAAUAACAAUAGAAUAGUUCAAAAGAUUCUUGUAACCUUACCUGAAAGAUAUGAGGCAACUAUUGCUUCAUUGGAAAAUACUAAAGAUCUGUCAAGGCUUAGCUUGGCAGAGUUAUUGAGUGCUCUGCAGGCACAAAAACAACGAAGGAUGAUGAGGCAAGAGGGAUCCAUCGAGAGAGCCCUGCAAGCAAAGUUGUAG